AUGGAGCAGGUGUAACGUCAUGGCUAUGUCUCUAUCAAAACAAAUAGCCUAUGCUAGCUAGCUAACCUUGGCGUUUCCUGUUUACUCGUUGAUGGGGGUAUAGCUUUAGCUAGAUAGCUUGCAUCUCUGUCAAAUGUCAUCAUUAGCUAAUUGGUUUCUUAUCUAGACAAUCCUCUACAUUUCAGAGAGCGACAGUAGCUAACGUUAAUUAACUAACGUUAAAUGUCGGCGAAAAAGUAGCUAGCUAUACAUGAAGCAAAAAGAAUGCGUUAGUUCAGCUAACGUAAGUUGUAGCAAGCUGAUUAAGCCAGGUGCUGUGCUGCUGGAUGAUUGGCAUUGCAAACUUCCUGUUCAAAUUCCUAGUGAUUGGGAAUGCCGGAACUGGAAAAUCAUGUCUUCUUCACCAGUUUAUUGAGAAGAGAUUCAAAGACGAUUCGAAUCACACCAUUGGAGUGGAGUUUGGCUCAAAGAUAAUCAAUGUGGGGAACAAAUAUGUCAAACUCCAAAUCUGGGACACUGCAGGACAAGAGAGAUUCAGAUCUGUGACGCGGAGUUACUACAGAGGCGCUGCAGGAGCGCUGCUUGUGUAUGACAUCACCAGCCGGGAAACCUACAACGCCCUGACCAACUGGCUGACAGACGCCAGGAUGCUGGCCAGCCAAAACAUUGUCAUCAUCCUGUGUGGUAACAAGAAGGACUUGGAUGCAGACAGGGAGGUCACCUUCCUGGAGGCGUCUCGCUUUGCUCAGGAAAAUGAGCUGAUGUUUCUGGAGACCAGUGCUCUGACAGGGGAGAACGUGGAGGAGGCCUUUGUGCAGUGUGCUAGGAAAAUUCUCAACAAGAUAGAGUCGGGAGAGUUGGACCCGGAGCGGAUGGGAUCAGGGAUCCAGUACGGAGACGCGGCGCUGCGACAGCUGCGCUCCCCUCGCAGGGGACAGGCCGAGAGCGCCCAGGAAUGUGGCUGUUAGUGAACAAGCUCAGUGUGCCCAGAUCCAAGGCAGGUUGGUGAAGACUCAGAUGACAGAUGUAGGGAACAUGAUACAUCGUGGCGGAGCAACUCUUCCCUGACCUUUUUCUAACUUCCCAACUUCCGGAUGUUCCAUCAGUGAUCCAUAGAGAGUCCCGGAUUUUUGGCCCCAAUCUGGAAUGCUGAGCUUGUUCCUGGACCCCUCAGACACAGGCAGAGAUGCCCCUGUUCCAAUCUCCUCUAAGAGUGGACCAAGCCCUUCAAUCAUCUAGGCUGUAUUCGUAAUGCGUCUCUAAGUCGGAGUGCUGAUAUUAUUUAUUUUUCCUCUUAGAUCAUAAUGAAUAAGACAACAUGGACAAGGGGACCUGAUCCUCGAUCAGCACACUUAAUCAGAGACGCUAAUUGAUUACGGGCCCUGGAAUUUUACUUACACCCCUGUACUGCUGCCCUAUCCCUACCCACAGCAUCUUGCAUUAUGUACAGUACUAUCUGUAUAAAGAAUAUAUCAUUUAAUUACCUCAAAGCAUGUUUUAUGGACUGAAUAUCACAGUAUUUCAUUAUUAGUUGAAGAAUAAUCUAUCAAUUAUGACAUCACAUUUUCCUUUGUCAUGUUACAGUGAGAAUGAUCAAUCAGCACUAUCUCAUGCCUACUGGUGUCAUCAACCUGUUGUUUGUCAUGUUACGGUGAAAAUUAUCAAUCAGCACUGUCUCAUGCCUGCUGGUGUCAUCGACCUGUUGUUUGUCAUGUUACGGUGAAAAUUAUCAAUCAGCACUGUCUCAUGCCUGCUGGUGUCAUCGACCUGUUGUUUGUCAUGUUACGGUGAAAAUUAUCAAUCAGCACUGUCUCAUGCCUGCUGGUGUCAUCGACCUGUUGUUUGUCAUGUUACGGUGAGAAUGAUCAAUCAGCACUGUCUCAUGCCUGCUGGUGUCAUCGACCUGUUGUUUGUCAUGUUACGGUGAGAAUGAUCAAUCAGCACUGUCUCAUGCCUGCUGGUGUCAUCGACCUGUUGUUUGUCAUGUUACGGUGAGAAUGAUCAAUCAGCACUGUCUCAUGCCUGCUG